CUUGCUAGCGGCUGUCAAUUUCAGACAAAGAGGUUGCAACGUGGAACGUACCCAGAACGCAGCAGUAAACAGAGACGCGUCUAGAAAAAAGAGCAUCGUGUACAACAUACAUGUUUGUUUCAUGCUUUCGUCCGAGAAGUCCGACUUAGUGAACAGUAGGUGAUGGUUAGAAAGCUGCGUUGCUUUCAUUAGUUUUAAACGACCAACAAAAAACUCCAACCAGCCAAACUGUUGUUUACUCCAGCCAGCCUGUGUAAUUUCAGUGUCUGUACGUUCUUUCACUGUGGGAGAGUUUCCCAAGGCAAAGUUGCAACUCACUUCCGAGGGUAUUGAAGAAGAAAAAGAUGCAAAAAGGAUCUAGAUCGAAACAUCAGGUAAACAUGGAAACAGGAACCGAAGUGAUAUAUACGAGCCAUUCAAUGGAGAAGAAUAAUACCAGAAGAUCAUUGAAGUACAAGAAAUCUUUACUUCUUCGAUGCGGGAUUGUUUUAGUAACAUUGCUUGCAUUCUAUGUACUGCUGACGGUCUACAGCCAACUCAGACAGGCUAGUGAACUGCUUUUGGAGAUGAAACGGCAGAAUUUGGCCUUGGAUGCAAACAAGCCAAAGUUGUGGAAAAACACAAAUCUUCACAACACAAAACAAGAUGCGAGGAGUAGUACUAGUCAGAUGGUGAGCGAUAUUGAUGAUAAAAUAUUCGAUAGAAUUCUAGAUUUGGCCAAAUCUCAAAAUGAAAGCCAAUUUACAGAAGACGAUUUAGGACAAGCGAUUCGAAGACGCUUUCAAGAAAACGUUUACAUGAUUAGAAAACGCUUUUACGAAUCUCACCAAUCAAAGAGACAUAUUUCUGAGAACGCAGGUUUGUCGAAUGGAAAUUAUGUGGAACCGCAGGCUGUGACUCGCAUAGAAAGUUCAGAACUCCCUCGUGAAUUUCGCGUGGGUAACUCGAAGACACGUGCGAACGUGAUUAUUGUAGCCUAUCACAGAUCCGGGUCGUCUUUUCUUGGAGAAAUGUUCAACCGCGACCCAAACGCUUUCUAUAUCUUCGAGCCAAUACAUACCAUCGAUGCGGUUCUCGACGCACGACGACGAUUUCCGAUACUUUACGAUACACUUAUUCGGAGCUUGUUAGACACUAUAUUUAAAUGUGACUUUAGGAAAGACCCUUUGUUCGUGAACACUUUAACGAGUUCGUCAUUCAGGUUGAAAAGUCAGGCACUUACAUCGAAAGGUCUCUGUGACCCCAGGGCAACCUCCAAAAAAAUGCAUUUAUGUAGACGGAUAAACGCGACCUUUUUGACGAACGUAUGCAGUUCCAGACCCCACACGGUUAUAAAAACGAUUCGCAUGGCACACUGGGAAAAUAUUGAUUUCCUUGUGGACACUUCGCCAACUCCGUUCAAGGUGAUUCAUCUAGUUCGAGAUCCACGCGGGAUCAUCGCAUCUCGCGUUGCGUGGCUUCUCGAUAGGUUCCCGAGAAACGUAAGCAACACAUCUCGAAAGGAAGCUGCCAUUCGCAAUGCAUUAUUAAAAUACGUUCGAAUUAUGUCGCAAAACUUAUGCCAACAAAUGGCAAACGACAUAAAUGACUGGACAAAAAGAGCGAAAAAAGGCGAACAUUAUGCAAUGGUUCGAUACGAGGAUAUCUCAGGACAGCCGCUGACCAUUUAUAAAAAGAUUUCCAAAUUCGUUGGCGGCAACACAUCCGAGAGCGUGAUUGGUUGGUUGAAAAUCAAUACGAAAAGUUCUUCGAAUUCGGACUAUUAUUCGACUACACGCAAUUCGUCCGCUGUGCCACAUUUGUGGCGACGCAGGCUCACAAUGCCCAUGAUAGAUGAAAUUCAAAACAAUUGCGCGGGGGUGAUGGGAAUACUAGGAUAUAAAAUAGUGCACGAGGAAAAGGAGUUGGGGGAUUUACGACAAUCUUUGGUGAUAGACUGGGAUAAUUAUGGUUUUAUAAGGACAAAACCCUAUAUGCACAAUGGAGCGAAACCAAUUUAUAAGGCAUGAAAUGGCCCCCAUACAACUAGAUCCAACUGGUUUUGUAGCUAAAUAUUUCAUAAAUGAACUUAUAAAAUGAUUUACUAUCUAAAUGCUCCAC